GUCUUUUUUUUCUUUUCCAAUGUUUCCAAUCGUUACUCUCCAGUUUUUGCUACAAUCUCAAGAAUCCCGAAGAUUUGCAUUCUAUAUGAACAGCUCCAAAACUUCGUACCCAAUGCAGCGGAAACCAGGAAAAAAAAAUGUCUGAAGCUCUUCAACUCCCCAUUGUUGACUUGUCCGCACCAGAUUGCAUCUCAACUGCCAACGCUAUCCGUCAGGCUUGCAUGGACCAUGGUUUCUUCUACCUUGUGAAUCAUGGGGUGGAGGAAGAAUUGCUUAAGGAAGUUUUUGAGCAGAGUAGCAAGUUUUUUUCACUCCCAGUUGAAGAGAAGAUGAAAUUGGCUAAAAAGAAUCACAGAGGUUACACAGCGCCCUAUGCUGAAAAACUCGAUACUUCUUUAAAUACCAAAGGUGACAGCAAAGAAAGUUUCUAUAUUGGUCCCUUAGCUGAUAACCUCAACCAGUGGCCUUUAGAAGAAGAUCUGCCAUCUUGGAGAAGCACAAUGGAGACUUACCAUAAGAAAGUGCUGUGUGCUGGGACUAGAUUAAUUUCUUUAAUUGCGCUGGCUUUGAAAUUGGAUGAGGAUUUCUUUGAAAAGGUGGGAGCACUGAAUGAACCAUUGGCAUUUUCUCGCAUGUUACACUAUCCAGGGGACUUGGACUCCUAUAGUGAAGAAAUAUAUGGUGCUUCUGCUCAUUCAGAUUAUGGAAUGAUCACUCUUCUGGUGACUGAUGGUGUUCCAGGGCUUCAGGUUUGCAGGGAGAAAUCCAAGAAACCACAAGUUUGGGAGGACGUGCCAAGCAUGAAUGGGGCAUUCAUUGUUAACAUUGGGGACAUGAUGGAGAGGUGGACCAAUUGUUUGUUCCGGUCAACACUGCACAGAGUGCUGCCACCUGGACAAGAACGCUACUCUGUGGCAUUCUUCAUAAAUCCCAACAAAGACUGUAUCGUUGAAUGCUUGGAAAGCUGUUGUAGCGAGUCUUGUCCCCCAAGAUUUCUACCCAUCCGUUGCUUAGACUACCUGGAAGAGCGCCUUAGACUUACAUAUGGCUCCUAGUUAAAAGCCAAGCGCCGUUUUCACAGAUUGCAUGCUACAUCUAGUUGUGUCAAGCUCUCUGGUUAUAAAGAAAUUGCAAACAUUGCAGUAUCAAUACUUUCACAGCUACAGAGGAGCAGCCCUCAGUAAUAAUGAUACUGUAAUAAUCAGACCAAUGACAAUAAAAAUGGAAGAAACAGAAAAAGACUAUCUAAUUUGCUUGUUCUAUGUAUUCUUCGCUACCAAAAUUCAUUGCUAUUAUCUUUUAGUUCCUUAUAAAAUGGAUAGAGAGAGAUUUGAUUCUAA